AUGCAGAACCGCCACACCAGAUACUCUCCAUACCCUGAACCCCGCCAACACAACAAUCGAUGCCCCUCGUGCCUAGAGAAAGGUGACGCUAUUCUCGUCUCCCCGGGAAAACCAUGCUCCCAGUGUGGCAAUCUCACUCCCAGUCCCGAGGUAUCCCCAGCUCCACAAACAUCCCGCAAGAAACGCCACGACAGAGUCCUCUUCUCUCGCCAAACCCUAGUCACCACCUCGUCCUCUCAAGUUGCGAAAUCGGACCGAGAAGCCGGCCGCCGCUAUGAUCAAACCCUGGUCUUCUCACUCCUCGAAAACGAACUCUUGUCCCUCAACCCGUCACUGCCACAGACUGCUCGCCCACGACAAAGCCACCCACAAGGCGGGCUGAAAGAACUAAAAGGCAACAACGUCUCCGGGGAUAUCAAAAAGUAUAGUAAUGUCGAGCCAUUGCGAUACGGUAAGAUUGAUAAUCUCGAGGCGGCCGUAUGGGUUAUACGGGACUCGACUACCGUUAUCGAGGAUGUUAUCAGAGAGAGGGCGAGGUUAAGGGACGACGCUGAGAAGUUGAUGAAAGAGGGUGCAGAUGCUGAGCGGGUGAGGAGGUUCAUGUUUGAGCGGAUUGUGCAGGAUGACUGGUCGGAAAGGGUCGAGGAGUCGAAGUUGAAGCGUGGAGGGAGUGAUUGUAUCCGUCCUUCUCAGUCGGAUACGCUGCUGCGAUGA